AGAAUGCCUUUUAACAAUGCCACCCAGUUCCACCCCCUUUUCUUCCUCCUGCUGGGAAUACCAGGACUGGAAAACGUGCACAUCUGGAUUGCUUUCCCCUUCUGCAUUGUGUACCUGAUUGCCCUGGUGGGGAACAUCAUCAUUCUCUUUGUGAUCAAAACAGAACACAGUCUCCACCAGCCUAUGUUUUACUUCCUGGCCAUGUUGUCCAUGAUUGACUUGGGUCUGUCUACCUCCACCAUCCCCAAAAUGCUGAGCAUCUUCUGGUUCAACCUCAGACAGAUCAGCUUUGGGGGGUGUCUUGCCCAGAUGUUCUUCAUACACAUGUUCACAGGCAUGGAGACUGUGCUGCUGGUGGCCAUGGCCUAUGACCGAUUUGUGGCCAUCUGCAAACCUCUCCAGUAUACCAUGAUCCUCACUAAUAAAACCAUCAGCCUCCUGGCCUCGGUUGUUGUUGGGAGAAAUUUAGUUCUUGUGACUCCUUUUGUGUUUCUCAUUCUGAGGCUUCCCUUCUGUGGGCACCACAUCAUCCCUCACACCUACUGUGAACACAUGGGCAUUGCCCGCUUGGCCUGUGCACCCAUCAAAGUCAACAUUAUCUAUGGGCUUAUGGUGAUUUCUAACAUCAUUAUGGAUGUGAUCCUGAUAGCCUCUUCCUAUAUGCUUAUCCUCCAAGCAGUUUUCCGCCUUCCCUCUCAGGAGGCCAGACUCAAGGCUCUCAAUACCUGUGGUUCACAUGUCUGUGUCAUGCUAUGCUUUUACACACCCGCAUUUUUUUCUUUCAUGACCCAUCGCUUUGGUCAGAACAUUCCCCGCUACAUCCAUAUUCUUUUGGCCAAUCUCUACGUGGUUGUUCCACCUGCUCUUAACCCAGUCAUCUAUGGAGUUAGGACCAAACAGAUUCGAGAGAGGGUUCUCAAGAUAUUUGUCCAGAAAGGAUAA